AUGCGAAUCCGAGAGCCACGAACAACGGCGCUCAUCUUCUCAUCGGGCAAGAUGGUAACUAGUGGUGCUAAGUCGAUAUGUGCAAGCAGGCAAGCUUCUCGCAAAUUUGCUCGAAUAGUUCAAAAAGUUGGAUUUGAUGUGAGAUUCACCGAUUUCAAGAUUCAAAAUGUUGUCGGGUCGUGUGAUGUGCGAUUUUCGAUUCAGUUAGAGGGAUUAUGUAUAACGCAUGCUCCGUUCAGUUCAUACGAACCGGAGCUCUUCCCCGGAUUGAUCUAUCGUAUGGUUCAACCGAGGGUAGUGCUGCUGAUUUUCGUUUCCGGGAAGGUGGUAAUCACCGGAGGUCGGAAUCAAGAAGACAUCGACCAAGCUUUCAAACAUAUCUAUCCAAUUUUAAGAGCUUUCAAAAAAUGA